CGGCAUUUCUCUCCUACUCCAGUUUCGUCUUCAUUACUCUUGCUCGGCACUGACAUUCACACACACACACACAUAAAUAAAAGUAAAUCCGACCUACAAAAAAAAAAAAUAAUAAUAACAAGGUAGCUUUUCUCAUGGAUUUACUUGCAGCCGCUCUUGAAAAGAAGCGCUCCGCUCUGGAAUCCACAGCAGGUGGGGCCAAAAAGAAGUACAUUCGUCGAGGCGAUUUGGAAAGACAACGGGAGCAAGAGUACUUGGCAGAACAGGAGCGUGAACGUAAAGAAAAAGAGGAGAAGGCACGGAAACUAGCUGAGGAGAAAGAAGUUAAUCGUAAAAAAGAACAGGCUGCAAGGUUAUCAUCGCCAUCACCAUCACAAACGGAAUCUCCCUCAGAUUCUACAUCAUCUCCUACAGCAACACCCGCAGACGGAUCAUCAGGCUCUGCAGAAGCAAUAGCCAGUGGAGAGCUAGCUGCUUCUUCUGCAACCUUCAAUAUCCCACCUGAAGAAGUCGUUCGUCGCCUCCGCGCACGUGGUCAACCUAUUCGCCUUUUCGCAGAAACAGAUCAACAACGCAAGAUUCGUCUCCGCGCCCUAGAACUCAUGGAAGAUCGUUCAGAAGGACAGCGGAACGAUUUCAUGAGGGCAUUGGAGAAUGCAGAGGCUGGUUUGCAUAUGGAAGCCCUUGGAAAACAAAGCGGCAAGGAUUCAGAAAAGAAGAAACCAAAAGUGGAUCCCACUAAAGAUUUGGAUACAAGCGAAAUUUCAACCGAUUUGAUUCAGAAGGAUCAGGAUAAACUUUACGUUUUGAUUUAUACAUAUUUCAAACGUCUUCUACGGGAAUGGGAAUAUGAUCUUGACCAGCGCCCAGAUGAAAUCAAGAGAAGCACAGCAGGGAAGUUGGCAACAGCAACACAAGCGCAGACUGCAGAGUAUCUUCGACCGUUUUUCAAGCAACUACGUCAAAAGUCAUUGGAACCAGAUGUUUUGAUGCGGAUCACAGAAAUUGCGGAACUCAUGAAUAAGCGAGAACACAUGGCAGCCAAUGAUGCUUACUUGAAGCUUUCUAUUGGAAACGCACCAUGGCCCAUUGGAGUCACUAUGGUUGGUAUCCACGAGCGUUCUGGACGUGAAAAGAUUUUCUCUGCGCAAGUAGCCCAUGUGCUCAAUGAUGAGACUUCACGGAAGUGGAUUCAAAGUAUUAAGCGCAUCAUGACCUUUGCAGAGAAAAAAUACCCGCGCCUUUAGUCACUUUUUCCCCUCCAAGAUCUCUUUACAUCCAAAUCAUCUGAUUUCGUGGGCAAAGUUGUGCAGAAUUAAUAAAUUUCUCACAAAUGCUCAAGAAUGAUGGAUAGAAAAUAAAUGUCCAUGUCUUUAAUUUGUACAAAAACGAGGAAAAAAAUACGAACUGUGUAUUGACUGAUGGGGUUCAGACUAAUGGCGGGUACCGAGCUGGGAGUUAAACACAUU